GCCACGCGGCCGUACCUGACUUUGCUUUUCGGCAUAGGGAGCUCGUGGCUGUGCGGCUGGGGCGCCGCCUAGCAAGCCGGAGGCGGGUCUGCGUCCAGCCGGCGCUCUGACGACAUUUCUGCGCGCCGGAAGAGAAGGGGGUUCUCUGAACUACGCGGCUGGGGAACGCUGCUCCGAAGAUCUGGCGCCGCUAUGCGAAUAACCGGGAAGACUUUCCGCCGCAGGCGGGCUGACUCGGAGUCGGAGGAAGAUGAGCAGGAAUCAGAGGAGGUUCGGUUGAAACUUGAAGAAACCCGAGAGGUGCAGAACUUAAGGAAGAGACCAAACGGGGUGAGUGCUGCCGCCCUUCUGGUGGGAGAGAAGGUUCAAGAGGAGACGACUCUAGUGGACGACCCUUUCCAAAUGACCACAGGGGGCAUGGUGGACAUGAAGAAGCUGAAGGAGAGGGGCAAAGAUAAGGUCAGUGAAGAGGAGGACCUGCACCUGGGGACAUCCUUUUCUGCAGAAACUAACCGGAGGGAUGAGGAUGCAGACAUGAUGAAGUACAUUGAGACAGAGCUGAAGAAGAGGAAGGGGAUUGUGGAGCAAGAGGAACAGAAGGCCAAGCCCAAGAAUGCUGAGGACUGCCUCUACGAACUGCCGGAGAACAUCCGCGUCUCAUCUGCCAAGAAGACCGAGGAGAUGCUGUCCAACCAGAUGCUGAGCGGCAUCCCCGAGGUGGACCUGGGCAUAGAUGCUAAAAUAAAAAAUAUCAUUUCCACGGAGGACGCCAAGGCCCGGCUACUGGCUGAGCAGCAGAACAAGAAGAAGGAUAGCGAGACAUCAUUUGUGCCCACCAACAUGGCGGUGAACUAUGUCCAGCACAAUCGCUUUUAUCACGAGGAGCUCAAUGCACCUAUUCGAAGAAACAAAGAAGAGCCCAAAGCCCGGCCCUUGCGAGUGGGUGACACUGAGAAGCCAGAGCCUGAACGGUCCCCUCCCAACCGCAAGCGUCCUGCUAAUGAGAAGGCCACAGAUGACUACCACUACGAGAAGUUCAAGAAGAUGAACAGGCGCUACUGAGGCCGCGGCUGUAGGGAGUGGACAGCACACACACAGAAGUUCAAGAAGAUGAGCCGGGAUGGAGGGGGCGGAUAGCACACAUGCACACACACUCGCACUUGUCCCAGUGCAAACAGUGCCCUGCAUAGAACCCGCUUGCUAGUUAUUGGGGUUCCCCAUCAGACGGCGCUUCUGCUUACCUGCUGAAUUUCUGUUCUAGCUUUGGGUUGAAGACUGCGCCUUCCCGUGUGUCUCAGGCUGACCUUGAACUCCCUCUUCCUCCCUCCUGGGAUUUUAGAGGCCCCACCACACCUGGCUGGCAUUUUCGAACAUUAGCUUUGUAACUUUCAAAAGAAAACAAUGAAAGAAAACAUAUGUCUAUGUUGUUUCUUACCUGGGACAAUAUCAAGAGUGUUAUUAAACUGUUUGUAAAUA